UUAUUCUUUUUAGGGAAAAUCGCAAAUUCAGCAAACAAGAUGACAGGAAGAAGACGAUUAAACGCAAAAAUCCAAACAAAAAGCCGACUGAAACCUCGCGUGAUUUCAGGCUUCCGGAAACUAGAAUAGCAUGAGAGCUCUCCGAGGUGCUGACACUGUCAUUCUGGCGUAAUGGAUGAAAAUCAUGACUUGUCCUUGUGUUUGACCAACACCCACAACCCCUGCAGCAGCAACAGCCCACCCAGCAGUAAACCUGGCAGUGCUCCACAAUGCAACGGGGUCGCAGAGCGUCGGACAAUGCUGCGGGUAUCUGAGUCCCAUGGACUGCAGCUCCUGGGCGUGCUCAGAUCGCUCAGGGAGAGAGGCUUGCUGUUUGACUUCACCAUUAAGGUGCAGGAACGCAGCUUUCCCUGUCAUCGCUGUGUUCUUGCAGCAUGUAGUGAUUUUUUCAGGGCCAUGUUUGAGGUGGAUAUGCGAGAGCGUGAUGAUGGUUCAGUAACGCUGGGUAAUCAGUGUCCAGCAGCGGUGGCUUCUUUCCUGGACUUUGCCUACUCUGGGGAGGCACUCAUCACUGAUGGCAACGUAGACAUGUUGUUUCAGCUCGCCUCUUUUCUGCAGGUGUCUGUCCUGUCCAAAGCAUGCAGCGACUUCCUGAUAGGAACCAUGGAUCUUUAUAACUGUCUGUCUCUCUUGUCUCUGGCUGAGGGAUAUGGCUCAGCCUCUCUCCUGCAAAGUGCCAAUGAGUUUGUGGUCCAGAACUUCUUUGAACUCUCCAAAACGCAGGACUUCCUGGAUAUGCAGGUUAAUGUCUUGGAGUUGUGCCUCAGGUCAGAUGCUCUUAAUGUGCCCAGUGAGGAGGCAGUGGUGGUGUCUCUCCUUAGAUGGAUUCGCCAUGAUCUCCCAGGAAGACAGAAGCUGUUGCCGGGAUUGCUGUCUCUGACCCGGGUGCACCAUCUUCCUGCACCUUCACUAAAGUCUCUGUGUGAUUCUGACCCUCUCCUCUGCAACGAUGAGUCCUGUCUCGCCCUUGCGUCAGAAGCCCAGAGCAGACAGACAAAGCACAAUGGCCUGCUCACUGAUGCCAGGCCUUCCACCACGCAGAGUUAUAUCUACAUCCACAAGACAGAGGAAAACGGAGAGAUCCGGCACACCUUCUGCUACUGUCUGGAAACAGACCAGUGGAAAGAGCUGGGCACAGGGCAAGAAGAGGGGACAACUACGAUGCCAGAUCCACCAGGAUCUUACCUUACCAGCUAUGCUGAGAAGAUGUUUGUCACAGGUGGUUGCCAGGGAAAUUGCUGCCGGGCGAUACGCCUCCACGUGGCUGAACCUUUCCACGAUGCCACUGAUGAGGUUUGGUGCUUCUGUCCCGUGACCUUAACCUGCACACCUGCACCUGCCAUGCUUAAGCCCAGAACCAUGCACACAGCUGUAACGUGCCUGGACCGAGUGUAUGUCAUUGGAGGACGAACCAAGGGAUCCAGAGGGGGGGCUCCCAGUCUGCUGGAGGUGGAGUAUUAUAACCCUUUGGCUCAGACCUGGCGCUCUGUCAGUCCACUUCCCACUGCUAUCUUCUACCCUGAGGCCAGUGCUUGUGGCAGUGUAAUCUAUACACUGGGGUCAGAGGUGGAGAUCACAGACUCCUUUAACCCCUCACUCGACUGCUUCUUCUGCUAUGAUGCCCUGCAGGACCAGUGGAGCCGCCUGGUGGCAGAGUUUGGCCAGUUCUUCCAUGCUACACUGGUCAAGGCUGUGUCAAUUAAUAAAACACUGCACCUCUGUGACUUAUCUACAUACAAAGUCUACAGUUUUUGCCCAGAGACCUGCGUCUGGAAGGGUGAAGGAUCAUUUGAAUGCGCUGGGUUCAAUGCCGGAGCAGUGGGCAUGAGGGACAGAAUCUACAUUCUGGGUGGAGACUAUUCACCUGAUGAAAUCACUGAUGAGGUUCAGGUGUACUACAGUGGGAGGAGUCAAUGGGAGGAAGUGGCACCCAUGCCCAAAGCACUCACUGAGUUCCACUGCCAGCUCAUCAGCUUCAACAGAUAUAGAGACCCGUGGUGUGAUACAGCAUAACUGAUGGCAGACACAUACAUGCCCACCCAUGCAGCAAACAUGCAAGCGAAAGUUUGAUGUCUGUGUGAAUGAGCUUCCCUCGGCUUUCCAAACUGUGUGCAUGACGGACAGCUAACACUUCAAGAGAGAAUGCUAUUCCCGUAUUUAACCAGCAAAUAGACACUCUUGAAACAUAGAUCUCUUUUGAGAGAGUAUCUUAGCCAAAGAUAGGCAACUAACACCACAUUUCCUGUCACAGAUCAUCAGUAUAUGUGAAGACAUUAACCAGAUAGUCUAUUUAUUUUUUUAUUUAGGGUCAAGUAUGUGCGGAGCUCCUGUCAUCAUAGGAGCUUUGCUGUCAGUCUAAUUAUUGCCCCUCCCAUGGAGGACCCCUUUAGAAUUCUAUUUUAGUACCCGAGUAUUUUUUUUGACAGCAUGUUACAGAUAGAAAAUCCACAUAAAUAAUUAGCAUGAUCUGUAAACUUACCAGCCUUCUUGCAGCUACAGACUCUGUUCAGGAAUUCAGACUUCUUUCAUUUUUCUGAAUUUGGGAAUUUUGAUUUAUAUUUUUUUGGCAGGAAUACACAAAUUAUGCCACAGAGAGCCUCUAGGAGGCGAGCCUCUCUUGGUUUUACUUUAAAGGGGAAAAUCAGUCUGCUAGUACAAAGGUCAACUUUUGAAAGCACAUGUCAGUAUGCACUUUAAUCAGCUUGCCUUUAUUCUGUUAUUACAUUGCCAUGUGUCCAUGCAUGUUCUGGUUCUCCUCUCCGGGUGUACACAACAGUUUUUCAUGUGCACUUUAUCAGUCAUAGAGAAAUACUCUGUAGCUUCAAAAGGAUAGUAUAGAUUAAAGUUUAACAAACCUGCAAAGAGCAAAUGUGGGUGUGAAUCAUGACUGCAUGCCAAGUUUGUGCUGAGAAACAGAAGCUAAACAAAUGAAAGACUGUUUAAUGUUAAGA